GGUCGCCUAACAGGAGCCAAGAAAGCGAAGCGAGAACCUAUUCAUGUACUUUUUUUGUUUGGGUGAUUCAUUUAUAAGCAGACGACUCAUCGCUCGGACAGUCAGAAAAUUGGGCAAUCACCCUGUCAACAGCGCACAAUUUUAAUCGUAUGUAUGAACAGCACGGAUAAAUUAAUAAAAUGCCAAAACCUCCGAACGACCACGAAAUUACCUAUAACAUGGUAGUUGUCGGCGAUGGAGGCGUGGGGAAAUCGGCACUGACUAUUCAGUUUUUUCAACAAUUAUUCGUUCAGGAUUAUGACCCAACCAUUGAAGAUUCCUAUACACAACACACGCAGAUAGAUGGUCAAAAUUGUCUGCUGGAUGUGUUAGAUACAGCGGGUCAAGAAGAGUUCAGUGCCAUGAGAGAACAGUACAUGAGAAAAGGAGAUGGUUUUUUACUGGUUUAUUCCGUGACUGAUAAACAGAGUUUUGAAAAUAUACCGAACUUUCAUACACAGAUAUUACGGGUAAAGGAUAGAGAUACGUAUCCUAUGAUUUUAGUAGCUAAUAAAGUAGAUUUAGUUCAUCAACGUAAAGUAACGACAGAAGCGGGAUCAGAAUUAGCCAGACAACUUCGGAUAAAGUAUAUAGAGACAAGUGCUAAAGAUCCACCAUUAAAUGUUGACCAAGCUUUUCAUGAUGUUGUUCGUGUUAUCAGAGAUCAACCUGAAGAUCUAAAGAAUCACCACAGACGGCGUCGACGCCGAAAGAAAGUCAAAUGUAGCAUUCUGUAACAUUGUCAUUAUUUUUACUUAUUGUAACAUAUUUACAUUAUAUAUAGAUAUAUAUAUAUAUAGUCUCUUUUUAUUCUGCAGACAUAGAUUCCUGUCAAAACAUACGGGAUACUCGGAACAUUCUGCACCGAGCAGUUCCCAUAGACUCCAGUCAAAAUAUAAUAUUACACAUAGUUAUUAUAAACUUGGAGGUUUUAUCAUCGUUAACUAGAGUCAAUCUGGUUAAAACAUACAUCCUAUUUCGUUUCGUUUUUUAUAGUUUAAAAUUUCAUUUUACUUAUCUUUACUACACUAGGAUCUAGAAGAGCUGUUAUAUAACCUGCAUUCUGGUUGAUGUGAGAGAUUAGCCAAUGGCGACCUCUUGGCGUAACCCACUAGAAACAUAACAGCUUAUUGGUUAAUCAAACGUCAGACGUCAUAGGGUCAAAAGCCGCUUGUAUGAACCUUGAUGCGACCUUCCAUGACAACCGAUCAGAUCUUCAUGUAGUAGAGGUCAUCGAAGGUAUAAAAAAAUGAAACGAAAUAUAGAUCUGUAUUUUAAUCAAGUUGGUAACUAUUAUGCACAAAUGAAAUCACCUUCUUAAUGAACCCGAAUCAAAAGGUUUAUAACAUUUAGAUAAUAUAUUAUUUUGACUUCUAUGUCUGUAGAAUUCCGUCUUCAUCUUAAAAUCAUUUCAUUUGUAUGAAACUUCACUCAUAUUUAUAACAAUAUGAUCUGUAUGCCUAUAUCCUUAUAUACCGGUAAUCAUUUGAAUUAAUUAAACGGGCAUCGAAGGGGUGGAAAUAUACCUCAUUUUGUUUAAUUUGCUUAAAGAUGCAUUAUGUAAGAGCUAAAUCUGCCUAUUACAAAAAUAUAUUUUGGCUUCAUAUCUUAUAUAAACUAUUAUUUAGACAUUUAUUCAUAUGACAAGCCUAUAAUCAACUCUAGAUCAUCGGAUGGCACAGAUGUUAACGGAUUAAAAUAGGAUCGCCAUUUAAUGAUUUAACCUAGAAAUGGAGAAGCGAUGCUUAGUCUCUAUUAACAAGUAACGUUGCUAAAAUGAUAAACAAUCAUUGUUAAAACUUCAAACAGUGAUAAUGUCGCUCAGACAUAAAGUAAUUUGAAUGAAAAUUGCUAUUUUAGCAAGAAUGACCAGCCCUGUACCUAAAUCUUACAUAAUGCAUCUUUGAUAAUUAUAAAAUAGUCAUUCUUUGUUUUAGCUAUUCUGUAAAAUCAUAAACAAUAAAACAUGUAAUCACGGCCUGGAAAUAACAAGAUGUCCGACACAUUCAAGAGUUGUACCUGACAUUUUGUCUUUGUGCUGAGAUAUACACAGAAAGAACAAAAUCAUUGCCUGAAAAAAUGUUGGACAUCAGAGUAUGGGUGCCUCACUUUGUCAGUGUCAUGUGGCUUACUGUUAUUUCCAGCCCCUGAUUUGAUUCUAGUGGAAAGAAUCAAAUUUUAUAGGUAGUCUCAUAGACUGAGUUAUCUCCCUUAGAUUCUAAUCCAGGUGUAGCGUGGACCUUUAAGUUCAUGGGUGUUGAAUAUUUUGUAUCAUUUUGGUUGUCGUGAUUUUUCCAAGUUAAACUCUCAAGACUGCGAAUGUAUUUACAAUAAGAUGGGUGGAACCAUCCCUGAUGCAGUUCAGGCAAGACUGGAUCUCCAUAAUACCAUGAUCAAGAGGAUACCAACUCCGCCAUAUAUGCUGGUGAUGACUGCUUGAGUUAAGAAAUUGACCGCAAUUUUUCAUGACCCAUCGAUCAAUUUACAUACUGUAAAACUAGCAUGUUUUUCAAACCCCAUUUUCAAAAACAUAGCCUCAACUGCAUUUGUAGCUUGAGCCUCAAGAUACAGACGAAUCAAACUUUUAACUUUUCUUUUCUGUCUCGGUAACUGAAUGAGUAAGACGUUGGCUCGGUAACCUGGAGGUCUCAUGUUCGAUCCCUGUGUUGACAGAGAAAGUUUGUCAUGAUUUUCCAUCAUGGUUCCCCCUUGUCAGUGAUGUAGAACCUGGCAAAGGACAAUUAAUAGUUGUUUGUUUGAGACAGUAAAAUGAGGUCCCCUGUACACAUUGGCGUACAAGUAAAAGAUCCCUUGGCAGUUGGAAUUCAAUAUAAGAGUAGGCUGUAGCGCCGCUGACCGCGCAACAUUUCCCUCCUAGCAUACUGUACGGCAUAUGCCCAUCUUCAUUAUCCCAGUAGGAUGUUAAACCUCAUUUUAUUAACUUUCAGUCCUGUGAAGCAGAUCUAGGGGUAGAUAACUCAGUCUUGUAUUAAAAUCAUAAUUAUAUUUGACUCUUUCAAUACAAAUCUCGAUUAUAUGCUUUCUUUAUAAUUUAAUAAUUCUUUCAUAAUCACUUGUUGUUAAAAUGACUGGAAACAAAAACUCACAAGGACCUGACAAGAAUCAUGUUUUUUUUCCCUUUAUGAAAUAAGAUUAUUUGAGGCAUGAAUUAUUUGUGAAUGUCAUAUGUUGAAUUGAUAUUAUACUUUAACUUUAGCUUGUUAGCUGAAAAAUAUAACUAUCUUUAAUAAAAAAAAAAGAAGCUCUCCAAAUUUCUAUAAAGUCAGCGAUAUUAUAAGUAAGUUAUAUCAUAUUAAAGAGAAUCAUUCCUUUCAUUCAAAAGGCAGAGGUACAUGUACUUAAUUAAGAAAACGAUAUUUGGAGUCAAUGUAGCCAGGAGCCUACUUGUAAUAUAUUUUAAGGAUGCAGAUAUUUCAUUGGUUGCUAGUUAAAAUCUUAGUACAAAUUUUACCUCUUGGCCAAUCACAGGGCAGUUUAUAUUUUUUACAAAUUAGGUACCAGGACAUCAAUUGAUGUAGUAGACACAGUAAUGAUGUAAAGAAUAAACAAAUGGAAAUUAUGGGGAGUGAUUUUCAGCUUCAAAGUGCUUGACAAAAAAAAAAGAAUUUCCCGAGCUUGAUCAAGUGCCUUUAAACAAUAGCUGAAUAUGUUUAUAUUAAUAUCUGUACCUUUUGUUAUUGUCUAGAAACUUUUUAUUAUUAAAUACGUUCUUGUCGGGUCCUGUAGCGUCGUGGUAAAUGUAUCACAAUGUUUUGUAUCUUUAUUUAGGCAGUGUGGCUUACAGAAUGAUUUGUACUUGUACUUGAAAGUGUUGUUCAGGGGCCGAUUUCUCGAAACUUCAGAAGAAGUUAUUUUUAAAAUGCUGUCAUGUCAUUGGUCUAAAACUGAAACCUAUCAAAAUGCAGUAUCUUUAAAAAUUUCUUAAUUUACGUUUUCGAGAAAGCGUUCUCAUAUUGUAAGUGAUACAUCCAUUACUCUCAUCUACAGGAAGUAGGGAGAGAAGUUUUUUUACAUUUUACCGAGGUGGUGGAAGAUGAGUUUCCUCAUGUAAUAUUGUUGGAUUUUGCCUACAAACUUCUAUCAAAUUUUAAUUGGUUGUAAGUUUUCGUUCAUCAACUUUAAUAACCAAUCAGAUUGAAGCAUAGUUUGAAGUAGAAUUUGUUAUUCAUUGUACUCUCAUAAAGUUUUUGCCAUCGGGAUCAGAAUGUAGACAAAUCGGCAGAAGCCAUGCAACAGGCAGUGUAUGCUUAGAUCACACAAAUUUAGAUUUUAAUUCUUCACAGAAAAGUAUCUAGUUGUGUGGAUGGGAUGUAAACCAAGGUCUUUGUAUCAAAAUUCAGACUGUAAUUUGUUGUGUAGUUAUCCUGUUUUGUCCAGUACUUUACAUGAAUUCUGAUUGGUGUUUAAUUCUAAGAGACAACCAAUAAGAUGUGUUCUUGGUUUGUAUAAGAUAAAUAUAUCAAUGUAUAUAUAUACGGAAACUCUAAUCUUACCACCACCUUGGUUGUAUGUUAUUUUUCUUGUACUUUAUACAUGCAUACAUAAUAUUGACACAACAAGAGCUGGCUCUUGUGUUGUGUGACGUCACUACUGUCACCUUGUGCUGGCACAUGACAGUGUAGUGACGUCCAAGUUUCUAGUUUGUGGUAACAGGUAGUACAUACAUACUGUAAUAUAUAUAUAUAUAUGUUCUAUAUGUAUAUAGAUUGAUUUGUUGUUGUCAAUUGUUGUGUCACGUCACUUUCAUGUUUUUUGUUUUUAAAAAGGGAGUCCUUAAGAACUUAUUUAAGAAAAAGGGUUUCACGCCACCCAGGAUGGUGGAACUUAUUUAAUAAAGAGAGUCCUGCCACCCAGGGUGGUGGAACUUAAUUAGAAAUGUGAUUCCUGCCACCCAGGGCUGUGGAACUUUAUUAGAAAAGGGGGUCCUGCCACCCAGGGCAGUGGAACUUAAUUAGAAAAGGGAGUCCUGCCACCCAGGGCGGUGGAAGUUAAAUUAGAAAAGGGAGUCUUAUUUAAAACAGUAAAGACCUCUCUAUUAAACUAUUAAAAGUUAAUCAGGGGUUUUCAACCAGAUUAACAAAUUAAAGCUGUUUUAAUUUUCAGGGGAUUUCAACUUAAAUCAAAGCUGUAUAAAAAGUUCACAUUCUCAAACUUAAGAAUUUACUCAAAUUUUAAUCCCUGUUUAUGAGAAAUAUCUUUGAUCCAAAAACACAAAACUUUGCACAUAGUUUCUUAUUAAUGUAUUUGAUACAUUAAAACAACAAAAGUUUUAUAAAGGACGAUAUUUUAGUUAAAAUAAGGCAAACAAUUUUAAGUAAAUACUUUGCCCUAGUCUGAGAUUGCUUUGUGAACCUGAUUUUACGAGUAAAUUUCUUAAGUUGUUGAUGAAUGAGAAACAUGUAAUUGAAUGAAUUGUCUGGAUGUUGAUAUUAUUGGAUGUAGAAUGGGGAACAAUGUAUUUUUAUUUUAUAGAUAACCUGUAUUAACACUACUAUGGUAUAGUUGUCACCAGUUCCUGUAUUUAAUGUUUAGUUUCAAAACAUUGUUGGCAAAUUGUUCAAAUUCGUUGAGAAUCAUCAAAAAAUAUUAGGUUUAAAAUGUUCCAUCUUAAUUAGAUAAUGAUUGUCAGGUUUACUACUUUCACUAGUGGUGAUGAGUAAUUAAUUAGUCUGUUAAUUACUCAACAUUUCUAGUGAAAGAAAACAGUUGUAAACGGAACACUCAUUAUCUAAUCUAGACGGAACAUUUUAAGCUACGCGAUAAUAAGAACCCAAUAUUUAAACAAUUUGCCAACAAUUGUUUGAAACUAAACAUUAAAUACAGAAACUUCUGGUAAAACAGAACAACUAAACGAUACCCUAAUGGUAGUGUAAUACAUGGAACUUUGUCGUUUUAAUCACCACUACAAUAUAUAAGCAUUUAAGUCAAAACAUAAGACUCUUCAAAUUUAUAGUGUAGUGUAUAUCAGAAAAGGACAAUUUGAAAUUAGAUUCCAGAGUUUGAAAUCAAGUGCAUCUAAAUCUUUUCUUACAUGUUCAUAAUAAAUAGUGACCCUUCGCAUCGGAACUGAAAUAAACAGGAAAACGUAAUCAUGUUCGUUUAAUGUUUUCUGGCCUAGUCGUCUGAUGACAUCACAAGUACACAUGAAUUGAUGAUGUCACAAGUACACAUGAAUUGAUGUCACAAGUACACAUGAAUUGAUGACAUCACAAGUAUACAUGAAUUGAUGACAUCACAAGUAACACAUGAAUUGAUGACAUGUUCAUUUUCGUACCGAUGCAAAAGGUCAUGUAUUGUAUAUUUAGGCUGAACUCUUUACUACUAUAUAUCUUACAAUUUGUAACCAAUUAGGUCUAUAUAUCCAGAUUUCUAAUUAAUCAUAUUUCAUCUUCCAUUUCUUCUAUUGAAGCCCAACUAGAGUGUAAAAUCAUUUAUGCAAAUAUCUUUUUAUUUUUGUCUGUGUUUUUCUUCCAGAAAACAUUCAAAAUUAAAAAUAUUACAGUUUAUGGCAAAUUUUCAUAAUGACUUCGACUAUGGCUGUAUGGAAUCAAUUAUUCGCCAAAAUACUAUAAUGACUGGUCAAUAUUAAUCCAUACAGUGGUUUGGUUGAUUACUCAAAUUCAAAAUUUUAGUGUCUGACUAUCACAACCUAGGUCAGGCUUAUGUCACCCUUAUGGCAUUUGUCAAAUUUAUUUUUUAUAUCUGGGACUGGCGAUCGAAAACUGAAUCCAUUAGUAAAACCUGACCAACCUGAAACUAAUUUUUGCCGUCCGCAACUUGUCUUUAGUGAGUCGCAUAUGUUCGACUUUUUACGACGGGUAGCAGACAGUUUUUAAGAGUUAGCCAAUAGGAACUGGUAUAUUAGUCACAUGAUACUAACACGAAAUGUGAAAACUAACAUGUUUACGUCAUGUGGCUUCAGUCGUCAAAACUAUGAUGUACCAUGCCGCUCGUGAUGUGAGUAAAGUUUUACCGGGAUUCCAAUAAGGCAACGUUUACCCAGUCUAAGACAGUUUUGACCGAUAUCCUUUAAGUAUACGUUAAAUAAACCUACCCAGUCAAGAUCUGAGUUAUUUUUCUUUCAUCUAUAUUUUAUCCGAUACCAAACCUAUACAAGAAGCUAUUCACCACUCAUAUUCUCCGUAGUGCACCAGCAGUAAACCAGGGUUAAAAUAAAAUAAAAUAUUUUUCGAAUGAGGCCUUUUUCUUUGGCCAAAUUUUGUACUCAUCCAAUGAAAAGCCUGCACACAACCUAAUGUCUUUUCUUUUUUAACUCCCAACCAAUAAAAAUGCAGUGUACUUUAAAUAUAUUGGUUUAAAGGGCGUAUGGCUCUAUUCUUUGGGAACCUUAAAACAGGCGAAAUUGGUCUAAAAGCACAUAUUAAUGUAAUAUGAACGUAGAUAAAGUGAUUUAUAUUUGAUUUUUAAAAAUUUUAUUGUAAUUCCUAAUCAAAAAUGUUCGAUGAAAUACGUGAACAGUCGAAAUUAAACGACAGUCGUUUACAUCUGCUUAGUUUAUACUACACACGUUUUUAAUUAUUAUUUUGUUGUUUGUGAAUCAGUCAUUGUUAAUGACUUAUCCUUGUUCGUUACAUUUGCUUCGCAAAACUAUAGGAUACACGACUCGACUCGUAUACUGUUUACAAAAUAUCCACGGUGUCUUAAAUAUAGAUCUGUAUUUUAAGCAGAUUGAACGUUUUAUGAUUAAACUUGAUGAAAAUGUAAAACGACAAACCCAAUUUCAUUUCAAACUCUCUUAAAUGCAAAAUUUCUAUUAAAUGUAAAUUGUUUGACAGGUGAAUUUUACAGCUAUCAAUACCUGUUAAUCAUGACUUGUAAAUCCGAGACCCCUGAUAAGAGUCCAGCGUUUCUGUCAGCAUUUCAUUAACAAACCCUUUCUCUCGUUUCCCAAAUUCAACUCUUUCUUUGGGGUCCAAGGGAGGAAACUCUAUCUCUCAGAAACCCUCCACCCUGCAUCCUGCAUCUGGGUACACUAAGGAUGAAAAACCUAUACUGAUCAUCGUUUGUCCAUAUUUGAUAAUAAAAAAAUAUUUAUAUAAUGGAAGAUCUUCUUUUCAAACUAUUUUGUUUAUGUUUAUAUGAGGCAUUUUUUAAGUCAUUUAAUUAGUUUUUGUUAAAAACCUUUCACUUUUUAAUACUAUUUUUUGUUAAUUGAUAACUUUUAAUGAAAUAAUUUAUGCCGAAUCAGAGGGCUGUCUAGUUUUUACAAAAGCAUUUUUUUUUUAUUUGAUUGGCAUUUUAUGUGUUAUAUACAUUUUAUAUAUUUGAUUACCAAUUAAAAAUGGUCAAUGUUACUGGUCCAUGUUACCUAGUGACGUUACUUGGUGUUGUUACCUGCCUGGUGAUGUUACCUAGUGAAGUUACCUACUUAGUGACAUUACUUGGUGAUGUUACCUAGUGAGGUUACUUGGUGUUGUUAUCUGCCUGGUGGUAUUACCUAGUGAUGUUACUUCGUGUUGUUACCUACCUGGUGAUGUUACCUAGUGAAGUUACCUGCUUAGUGACAUUACUUGGUGAUGUAACCUAGUGAGGUUACUUGGUGUUGUUAUCUGCCUGGUGGUAUUACCUAGUGAUGUUACUUCGUGUUGUUACCUACCUGGUGAUGUUACCUAGUGAAGUUACUUGGUGAUGUUACCUACCUGGUGUUGUUACCUACCUGGUGGUGUUACCUAGUGAAGUUACUUGGUGAUGUUACCUGGUGAUGUUACCUAGUGAAGUUACUUGGUGAUGUCACCUAGUGAUAUUACCAGUCUGGUAAUGUUACCUACCAAGUGAUGUUACCUGGUAAUGUUAUCUACCUGGUGAUGUUAUCUACCUGGUGUUUUGAAUCAGGUUUUAAGAAUUCUGUUUUUGUUUUAUUAAAGAAAUCAUCAUUCUUUAUGAACCAUGUAUCAUAGGAGAAAAUUCUUAUUUUAUUUUAAACAAAAUCAUUUUGCAUAAUAAAGUCAUGUUUUCUAUAAA